UAGUUCAAAAAAAUCUAUGAUUCUGAUGAUGGUGCCACUGCCUAUAAAUUUGGUCCUCCAACCCUGAACCCUUGCAUCUUACUCCUCUCUUUCUUCUUUCUCUCUUCAUUCGGUUCCUUCUUCUCGAAGAUAAUGGGAGAAACAAAGGACGAAGCAUACGAGGAAGAGCUUCUUGACUACGAAGAGGAAGAAGACAAGGCAACCACUGACUCUGUCGGAGCCAAACUCAACGGUGAAACUGCCAAGAAGGGCUAUGUGGGGAUCCACAGUUCAGGAUUCAGAGACUUUCUUCUGAAGUCAGAGCUUCUUAGGGCUAUUCAGGACUCAGGAUUUGAGCAUCCUUCUGAAGUGCAACAUGAGUGCAUUCCUCAAGCAAUCCUUGGAAUGGAUGUGAUUUGUCAAGCUAAAUCUGGAAUGGGAAAAACUGCUGUCUUUGUUCUCUCAACUUUGCAGCAGAUUGAUCCUGUUGCAGGGCAAGUUUCUGCUCUUGUUUUGUGUCAUACUAGGGAACUAGCAUACCAGAUAUGCCAUGAGUUUGAGAGGUUCAGCAAACACUUGCCUGAUCUCAAGGUUGCUGUUUGUUAUGGUGGAGUCAAUAUUAAAGUUCACAAGGAUCUGUUGAAAAAUGAAUGCCCUCAUAUUGUUGUUGGUACUCCUGGAAGAAUCCUAGCGUUGGCCAGGGAUAAGGAACUUUCGCUGAAGAAUGUUCGGCAUUUCAUUUUAGAUGAAUGUGAUAAGAUGCUAGAAUCACUGGACAUGAGGAAAGAUGUGCAAGAUAUUUUCAAGCUGGCUCCCCAUGACAAGCAAGUUAUGAUGUUUUCUGCAACACUCAGCAAUGAAAUCCGUCCCGUCUGCAAAAAAUUUAUGCAGGAUCCAAUGGAAAUUUAUGUUGAUGAUGAAGCGAAAUUGACCCUUCAUGGACUUGUCCAGCACUACAUCAAAUUGAAAGAGGAGGAGAAGAACAGGAAGUUGAAUGAUCUUCUUGAUGCACUGGACUUCAAUCAGAUUGUUAUCUUUGUGAAAAGUGUCAGUAGAGCAGCUGAGCUGGACAAACUACUUGUGGAGUGCAACUUCCCGUCUAUAUGCAUUCAUUCUGGAAUGUCCCAGGAAGAAAGGUUGAAGCGUUAUAAGGGUUUUAAGGAGGGGCAGACAAGGAUUCUUGUAGCAACAGAUUUGGUUGGUAGGGGAAUUGACAUUGAACGUGUGAAUAUAGUCAUAAAUUAUGACAUGCCUGAUUCUGCAGACACAUAUUUGCACAGGGUUGGCCGAGCUGGAAGGUUUGGCACCAAAGGUCUUGCAAUUACAUUUGUUUCAUGUGCUACAGAUGUUGAUGUUCUCAACAAUGUUCAAUCCAGGUUUGAGGUGGAUAUAAAACAGCUUCCUGAGCAGAUUGAUACAUCUACCUACAUGCCAUCUUAGUAAGGUUUAGGCGAAAUGCUUGAAUCGAUUGGAUGGUAUGAAUUAGCUCUCAUGGAUCAAUCAUAUCUCAGUUCUGCAAUACAAGGGCUCUUAGAGCAGAUGCUUCAUCCUGCCAAUUUCAAGUCUCCUUGUAGUUUUAAUAUAGACUGUCGAGGCCAUUUUAUAGUUGGAGGUAUAUCCAUUGGUACUAGGAUUUUGCAGUAUGAUGGCUUUUGAAUUUAUGAGAAUUCAUUUACUAUUGUGUAGAUUUUUGCUCAGUAGAACUUCACGCUGCUUUUCUAAACCCAUGUCUUUGAAUUGAACCAUAAUGGAAACAUCUUGCAUUGAUUAUCACGGUGUUUGUGAGGUCAUUGCCAAUCAUGAUUUGCAUUGCGAACCUACAUAUUUGCUCACCAAAGUAUUGUCAUGACUAUGCCAUUCUAUUAUCAUGUAUAUGAUCAGUGUUGUUUCUUC